ACGUAAACUGGUACAGAAGGAGACCUCUACAACACUAGAAUGUUUUUUUAUUUUUUUUAUUUGGAACAUUACACUAGAGGAAAAUCCAAACAAAGUUUCGAAAGGAACAUUAUUUCUGUAAAAGUUCUGGACGUGUUGUGGAUUUCUACCUGAAAAUCACCUGCAUGAAGGUGCCAUUUUAUCCACUAGCCAACACAUUCACCUUCACCUCCUGUGAGAGUUUGUUUGCUGCUUAAAGAAAAGGCAGCAGUUUUCCCACAGCUAUGAGUGGGCUCAGGGAAAAAAGGGUUGGAAUCUUCUGCUGUCUUGUGUUGCUCGUUGUCAGCUUCACUUCCUUAUAUUUAAGAUAUGUAGUGAGCCUCGUCCCUGCGCAAAGUCUGCCGGUGGCCAGUGAGGUGACCAGUGAGGAAAAUCUGAGCAUCAAUCUAGACAACACGCUCAACUUUGGGGCCAGACAGGAGGUUGAAACGCGCACAUCUUGGAAAGCUCCUAUCAUCUGGGAGGGGAUGUUUGACCCCAAACUUUACGACCAAAAGCACAUCCAAAAAAAAUCAUCUGUGGCCCUCACUGUGUUUGCUGUGGGAAGGUACCUGGAUGCCUACCUGAAGACUUUCCUUACCUCUGCAGAACGACAUUUCAUGUUGGGAUUACAAGUGACAUAUUACGUGUUCACGGAUCAACCAGACAAGGUACCACACCUUGAGCUUGGUCCUCAGCGAAGCCUGAAGGUUAUCCAUGUGGAAAAGCACUCCAGGUGGCAGGACAUCUCUAUGAUGCGCAUGAAAACGAUAUCAGAUACCAUAGAAUCAGAGAUUCGUCACCGCUGCAAUUACGUCUUCUGCUUAGAUGUGGAUCAGGAGUUUAAGGGAAGAUUUGGCUCAGAGGCUCUGGGGGAUUCUGUAGCUCAGAUACACGCCGGCUUUUUCAAAGCUCCACAGCAAAGCCUCACCUAUGACAGAAACCCCAAAUCCAAAGCCUUCAUGGAAAGCGGAGAUUACUACUACCAUGCUGCUCUCUUUGGAGGCCUGUGUGAACAUGUGAAGAGUUUGGCAGAUCACUGCUUUCUGGGUAUCAUGGAGGACAAACAAAAUGAUGUGGAGGCUCUGUGGCACGAUGAGAGUCAUCUAAACAAGUACUUUUGGCUUCACAAACCAACCAGGUUGCUCUCCCCCGAGUACUGCUGGGACCAGGUUUCCAACAAGGACAACAUACAAGUCAUCCGCCUAAUAUGGGCACCAAAACAUUAUGACACGCUUCGUACUAAGUAGAGUGGCUAGAAGAGCAAGAAAUUGCAAAAAUGCAGUGCAAGAUUGUUUACUGAAAAGGCUUUGUGUUGGACUCUUACCUAGGAAAGAAAUAGCAGAAUUAACCUUUCUUUUUGCCUUUGUUGAAAUUCCAACUCAGGUAAAUCUUAAUUAUCUUUGUCAAGGAUGUGUUGAAAGGAUUAUGUUGACAUAAAGUUUUGAUAUAAAAUCUGCGUUACUUAACAUGUUAAAGAUGUCUUCAAGACAUGGUUUUAUACAAAGAAAUUCUGACCUCCA